AUGAAUGAAAUGAAGCAGAAUAAUAUUAGUGUGUGCAAAGAUUCUAUGGAGAAGAGAGAAGAGAAGAAAGAGGUAACAAGAACAACAUUAAAGACAGAGAAUUUCAAUAUGGCAAAUUCUACUUUCAUUACACCACCAACAACGAGCGAUAUUGAUCUGAUGCCUAGUUUCUUUGCUUUAUCAACCACAGCAACGCCAACAACAACAACAAGUAGCAUCUUUGACAUGAUGCCAUGUGAUAUUGUUGGUGGGGAUCAAAAGGCUGGGUCUUUAGGAUUUAUGGACUUGCUUGAUAUCAACCAAGAUUUUGGUACCACUUCUUCUUUAUUCGAUUGGUUUUCUCAGAAUCAGAUUGUGGGGUCUCAGCAGCAGCAAUCUUUUAUCCCAUCACCGGCAUCAACUCUACCGGAAACAUCAGAGGUGUUGAAUAACCCAACAACUCCAAAUUCAUCAGCUUCUAUCUCUUCCUCUUCGAAUGAAGCAGGAAAUGAUGGUUCCCAACAAGUUAAAGCUGGAGAUCAAGAAGAAGAGCAGGAUCAAGACAAGACCAAGAAACAGUUGAAACCGAAAAAGAAGAACCAGAAAAGGCAAAGAGAGCCGAGAUUUGCUUUCAUGACGAAGAGUGAAGUUGAUCAGCUAGAUGAUGGGUACAGGUGGAGGAAGUACGGCCAAAAAGCUGUGAAAAACAGCCCCUAUCCAAGGAGUUAUUAUCGUUGCACUAGUGCAGGAUGUGGUGUGAAGAAGAGAGUAGAGAGAUCAUCUGAUGAUCCAUCUAUUGUUGUUACAACAUAUGAAGGACAACACAUACAUCCAAGCCCAAUAACUCCGAGAGCAAGUAUUGGAUUUAUGGCUGAUUCAAGUGGUUUUGGUGCUGCAACAUCUUCUUUUGUUAUUCCGCAACCUCAGUACCAACAACAACAUGCCUACAUGUAUAGCUCAUCACCUUCUUUGAACAUUACCACAAGUAGUACUAGUUUUAGUCCCUCCUUUUCAUUUCAAGACAGAAGGUUGGAUGGUCAAGCUUUACCAGCUUCUUUGCUUAGGGACCAUGGCCUUCUUCAGGAUAUUGUGCCCUCCCAGAUGAGAAAGGAGCCUAAAGAAGAGUAG